GUAGAAUACAUGGUCAGUCUUUCAAUUUGUAUUAUAUAAAGCAAUCUUGAAUAUUUGCCGGUGGAUUAUUUUAUCGUACUUGAUAUUGUCGACAUCUACGCCAAAUACGAACCUUUCCAUAUUAUUUGUGACCGGCCAUCCUCGUGCUUUGGUUCUGUUAAUAUUACUAACGAGAAAUGCAAGAAGGAGACAGUGUGGAUGAAUACUUUCGAAGUUAUGAAGAACUUAACGUACAUCAUCUCAUGCUGGAUGAUAAUCCACGGACUUUUGCUUACCGCAAGGCCAUAUUUGAAUGGCGCGAAAAAUUCAAGAAUAAAGUUGUAAUGGAUGUCGGGGCUGGGACUGGUAUAUUAUCAAUAUUUUGUGCUCAGGCAGGAGCAAAAAAAGUUUAUGCAGUAGAAGCAAGCAAAUUAGCUAUACUAGCAAAGGAAGUAGUGAUCGAAAAUAAUUUUGAAAAUGUCGUGCAAGUUAUUCACAAUAAAGUCGAAGAUCUUGAUGCAAAUGUUAUAGAGAAAGUAGAUAUUUUAGUAUCAGAAUGGAUGGGAUUUUACUUGGUGCAUGAAGGAAUGCUUAACUCAGUUAUUGUAGCAAGAGAUCGUUAUUUAAAACCAGAAGGUUUCAUGUUUCCAUCAAUAGCAAAGCUUUAUGCAGCUCCUUGUCAAUUACCAUCUUUCUUCGAUUUCUGGAACAAUGUAUAUGGAGUGAGCAUGAAGUGUGUAGGAAAAAAAUACAGGGAAACAAAGCCUUUAAAACCAGAAGUUUUAACAGUAAAGCCACAAGAUUUACUAUCAGAAGGUAAACUGAUAGCUUGGUUGGAUUUGAAGGAGGUCUCCGAUGAAGACCUAAGUCAUUUAGGUGGCAAUGAAUGGGUUUUCCCUUGUACUAAGGAUGGUAACUAUCAAGGAGCUUGCAUAUGGUUUGUAGUUGAAUUUCCAAAUGGUAGUGAAUUACCCACAAGCCCUAUGGAUGAAGAAACUCAUUGGAAACAAACGGUAAUAGUUUUACCAUCUACUAUUGAUGUUAAAAAAGGAGAAGCUAUUGCAUUCAAAAUGUUUUUGCAUCAUGAUUUAGUGAAUUCAAGGCGUUACAAUAUUGAAUUUAUCAUGUUGGAUCCUGCAGAUGCAGAACAUGACAUUCCAUGUUCUUGUAAUAUGCCAAAGUGUAUUGUUACGCGAGCCUAUAUACAAGAACAUGUUAACAAUCCUCCUAUAAGUAGAGUGUAAUUAAGUAUAACUGAUUUUUACGAUUUCAAAGUUAUUUCAAGUACUGUCAUAAAUGUAUAUUAUAAUAUAAUAA